AUGCAGACCAUGUGGAUCGUGGGCUGGCAGGCCAAGCGCACGAACGGCUUCGGAUCAAGCCACUACUCUAAGGACGAGGCUCUUUACUUCCGCACCGAAAAGAACCCUGUGGUGGGCCAGACCAAGGCGGGCAUCUUCCGUUCUGCGGGGCAUCCGAUCUAUGAGCACAAGGAGGGCGACAAGAUCUUCCGCUACUUCUUCAACCGCAAGGGCACGCAGAGGACGGUUGACGAAGAUGCUUGGCUGGCACCAAGACGUACCUUUUGUCUUUUCUUGGGGGAGCCCGAUCGCGAGCUCAUGAGUCUGGUAGAUGCCAUGCUCGGCCAGGAUGUCUGUGGCCCCUCGCACUUCUGUGAGAAAGUGGGCAAGCACGAGACCCAGAACAAUCUGGCACCUUUCGGUGCUGAGCAGAAGUGCAAGGCGGUGGGUGCAGCAGAUCAUGAGGCGGCAGAUCUGGAGAUUUCCAAGAAGUUGGAGGACAUCAAGGGAUCGGUGUUGGACCUUGCGGAGAAGAUGGAACAGAGCGAGGCGAUUAUGGAGAAGGAUUCGAGCCGAUCUUCCUAG